CAGCAGUAAUACUGUCGGAGAGGUCUGGUGGAGUUGUCUGUGACACACGCGUUUUGGUGAGUGACACACGUCUGUGAGAGAAUGUUUGUCACAAAUAUUGGUAUAUCAAACCAAGUUAUCCUACGUACACUGAACAGGAGAAAAAGAGUAAGACAAGAAUUGCUACCAUUCCUUCAUCAUGACAUCUUCAUCAAUAUCUGUAUAUCUGCUGUUUCUCUGUGCAAUGAAUAAUGAAGUCAAUUUUUCGUAAAAGGGUAGACUGCUUGAGUAUUAAACUCUACCAUUCACUGACUCAACCACCCAACGAAUCUUCGUGAUGCAAUGUAUUUGCUUCUUCGAUUGUAAACUGAAAUUAAGCGGUUUAUCUCAGUCAUCGCAUCACGAAGAUUCGUUGGGUGGUUGAGUCGGUGAAUGAUAGAGUUUAAAAAUCAUCGCUUCAAUAUCUAUAUACUGAGUGUGCUCGCUGCGUUUCUUUAUACUCAAGCAGUCUACCCCUUUUACGAAAAACCGACUUCAUUAUUCAUUGCACAGAGAAACAGUAGAUAUACAGAUAUUGAAUCGAAAGAUUGUGUUAAUCUAUUCAUCAUGUCAUAUUUCCGUCGAUAUUUAAGUAAGAUCAAACAGUGGGCUUUUUUCAACAAAACUAUCCAAAACAGGAUUAUUCCGUACUUAUCCGAUUACUUAAAUAUUGUCUGCAAAAUCAUUAGUAACUAUCGCUCAUCUGCCAUUUGCGAUAAAAAUAAAGGUUCUCGAUAUAUUGAUAAAAUUUUAGAUCGCCUACACGAUACAAAUAAAGUAAAAGAAAGGUUGUACAAUCGAAACCUUAUUCAUCAUUCAAAAUGGAGAGAAUAUAAUGCACAGUAUUAUUCAUUUCCACAGUUAACUGAAGAAGAUCUUCGACAUAUCACGUUCGGUGAACUAAGUUCCGAAUAAACUAGACGCACAUGAAGUGAACACUGUGAACUGCUUUUCUUCCCGACUAAUUCCUACACUAACCAGAUGAAGAUCACAAUAGGAGGAAAUAAUUGAAACGAUAUAGUUUCUUUCUUCUAAAGUUCACCUGCAACGUUUCCGUACUCGAGAGUACUUUAUUUUCAGGCGCAUUUCAACUGAAACAAGCAUCACCUUAUGUCAAAGAAUAUCCGAAAUCAUCGACGAUAUUUCCACAAGAUUACGAAGUCACUAUUCAAACAGCCGAGAAUGUUGACGGUUUGGCGAAAGUUAGAUAUCAGCCACGCCAUAUGAAUAGUGAAAUCUAUAACACCUAUGUUGAAUAUAAUAGUAUAUAA